GGGGGCUGGCAGAUGCCGCCGUGGCCGGUGUGAGGGAGGGUCGGGGCCGUCGCCUCAGCCUCGUCCUCCUCUUCCUCGUCGUCGUCGUCUUCCUCCUCAGCGGGAGCCAUUGGAGCCGGAGCUUCGGGGGCGCGAGUAACAGCUUCAAUAAUGUCGUUCAUCUUUGAGUGGAUCUACAAUGGCUUCAGCAGUGUACUACAGUUUCUAGGACUUUAUAAGAAAUCUGGGAAACUCGUGUUCUUGGGCCUGGACAAUGCAGGCAAAACCACUCUUCUGCACAUGCUCAAAGAUGACCGAUUGGGCCAACAUGUUCCAACACUACAUCCAACUUCAGAAGAGCUGACAAUUGCAGGAAUGACUUUCACAACCUUUGAUCUUGGUGGACACGAGCAAGCUCGCAGAGUUUGGAAGAACUACCUACCAGCAAUUAAUGGGAUCGUCUUUCUGGUGGACUGUGCGGAUCACCCUCGCCUCCAGGAGUCCAAAGUUGAACUUAACGCAUUAAUGACAGACGAGACAAUAUCCAACGUGCCAAUCCUUAUCUUGGGGAACAAAAUUGACAGACCAGAGGCCAUUAGUGAGGAAAAACUGCGUGAGAUAUUCGGGCUUUAUGGGCAGACCACCGGAAAGGGAAACGUGCCACUGAGAGACUUGAACGCCCGCCCCAUGGAAGUGUUCAUGUGCAGCGUGCUCAAGAGGCAAGGCUACGGAGAAGGGUUCCGCUGGCUCUCUCAGUACAUUGACUGAUACGCGGACAGUGACAAUAAAAGAGUUUUACUCCUCUGGACUGACCCCGAUCACAAGCUUCCUCCCGGACUUUUCUAUUAGAACCCGGAAAGCUCUCCAGCCACAGCCCGGCCCCGAUACCAGGAAUCUCGGUCAACUCUCGUGGCACAGUGGUGACACGCGCUCUUUUCCACACUGUCGGGAGGGUAAGCGAUCCCCGAUAUCGGUGCCGCUUGGCUUCCGGUCGCUAAGGGGCUCAGCCCCUCCCCUCCGCCCCGCGAGACUGGUGUCCUGGCCGCCGAAAAGCGUAACACGUCUCACCACUGUGGCCAAUUGAUCGAAAAAAGAAAGCGAUUCUAUUUUUUAAAGCAAGCGUUGCCAGGGGAUAUGGCGUCCCUUCUAGUUCUUCUUCGUUAACGUUCAUCUCGUUGGGUCCGGAGUCUCUAUUAUUGGGGUUUAUUUUUAAUCUAUUUAAUGGCAUUUAGAUCUUUCACAGAAUACUGAACAAAUAUCAUGGUAUUAGAGGUCGACGAUAAACCUAGUUUUGGGCGUGCCUGCUCCGUAGAGGGACUUGGUUCUGUUCUUGGCGGCUGACGCCCGAGGAGGCUCUCUGAGGCGGUUCUUGAUUCGCAGGAACGCGGGUUGGCGUGGGGCACGAGAAGACUCAACUGAUUUCUCUCUAACUCUGUCACAGCGAGGGAAGGACACUCUGUUCGCCUUCGAAGAGCGAGAACCAAGGAAGUAAGCAGUCUUGAUCACGUUUGUCAGCAGGCUGCCUGCAGUGCGGCUGUCUUUCUGGAUCAGGGAAUGGUUCUGUACGACUCCCCCCCCCCGAGUGAACAGUAAAUCGCAAAAUAUAUCUUUUUGGUUUUUUGGAGCGUUUGACUCCUUGUUAACGGACGAAGCCAGUUUCUUUGCAUCCAGCCUUUUUGAAGUUUCAUUCCUGAGCAGAGCUCCCGUGGCCUGGUUUCCUUUUGAGAAACCGGCCGAUCGCUCCUUUUGGAAGAGAAAACCGAGACCGAGUCAGCAGUGAACAGCCGUGUCUAUUUCACUUGUUUCCUAAACGUCUAGGUUAGAGAAAAGGUAUUGGAGUAGGAGGGGUAGAUGGGAGUUAAGAGGACCCCUUCAGAGCUCCCUGACUAUUUGGUUCUCCUGGAAGAAUUUCGUUCAUCUGGGACCUCUAGAGACAGAAAGCAAAUCCUGGCAAUCUUCAAUUCUGAGAGUUGGUGGCAUUUUCAGAAACGAUCGCCUUCGGGGAGACUUUUCACUGCACUGACAAAGUACCCCAGCCGAUCCCGUGCCGUCCGCGACCCCAACUCUCUUCCCUUGUGACGAAAUGGAACCAAACCGGCCGUGGUUCGUGCAGUUUCCAACGAAUGUUACCGGAGCCGUUUCUUUCCCGACUGUUUGUUGGACGGCCCUCCUCUCCCUCAGCCUCUAAGUGGGCCGGUUGAACGCUCUUCCAAAAGGUUCGGCGGAGCUGCUCACCUUGAACCAGCCUCGCCCACUAAAUCGACCUAUGUGGUAAUCGCAUUAGCAGCUCCGAGCUGAGUGUGGGUGGGUGGUUUGAUUGCAUCACAUGGCUCUAUUGCCAAGUGAAGUCGGAUUUCCAGUGUUUUAACAGGCCCGUGAAGGCAGCAGAGCUUGGGACUUGCGUUGAUAGGGCAUGGCUUCCUACCCAGGGAUGAAGAGGGGGAAAGACGCUUCUUCGUUACUCUGUCAGACAGACUGAAAUUCUCAGUAUUGUGGUUUGCAGGAAUGCUGCUUUGGUCCCGUUUUGUAGAAGGCCCGGUGCGGAAGAGACCUUUCCUCGUCCAAACUUGAUGUGUCCCGCUUCUCUUGAUGUCUCCGUAUUUUUCCGAAAAUCAUUCCCUGGGCGUAUCCUAAGAAGGCAAAAGCCACAACGAAAAACUUGUGUCACUCUGGGAGAACCAGCGAAGACCCCUGGUUGCGAGAAACUGCUUUUUUACAGCCCCACAGACUUUUUUCAGAUGGGUUUGAGGGACCCAUCGGCAAUUGGUCCAGUCCUCGUUUUCGCCAUCAGGUGAACUCUACCACUUCCUUUAUAUUUUUCAGCCUUUCAAGCCUUUGUAGCGCGUUAGCAAAGCCAAUGCCUUUUGUGAAAGUGGUGCGGUGUCACUACUGGAGAAAGAGGGGGUUUAAAGUGAGUAACCUCGCCCUGUCGCCUGCCCCACACUGUUCCUGAAAAGCAGUCCUAAGUAUGGAAAGAGGCUGCUGUUAGAAGUUUUGCAGCCUUUGAAUACAGCCAGGAGGCAGUGCUAUUGACACAAAAGCUACGGUGAAUCGAAACCUUUCAUUCUGUUUUUGUCAAAAGUGCUUAAAAGUUCCCGUCUCUGGAAAACAAUCUUUUGCAAAAGAAGGUCAAUCUGUAUCCUAAGCAUUUUAAUAAAAAGUGAAAAAACA